UCAUCUUCCCUCCACUAUUGGUUCUCCCCUGUCCUUCUCACUCACACCCUUCAUGCUUGCAGUCCUUUCCUUCCAAACUCUUGCGAUUUUCUUUCUAAGUACAUACUUCUCUCCAGGCUCUCAGCGCAGAGGAUCUUCAUCAUAGGAAGGGUUGGACCGAAUCCCUUAUUGUGAUUUAUUACCUGAAGCGGAGUGUUUGCCGUUAAUCGUUCAGCGGUGUCUGGUGUGUCCGGUGUGGCGCCUCCUCCAGGCAUGACUCAGAGUAACGGAGAGACGCGUCUGCAGCGCAGCAGAGUGCAGCAGCUGCGGGACGGCAUCACAGAGCGCUCACAGCGGGCGCGCAACACCGUACAGAACAUCACUACUGAUGACGUCAAAGGCUGCUUCAGGCGCAAUGCCUUCGUCAUCCUCACAGUCCUUGCCGUCAUAGUUGGUAUAAUUCUGGGAUUCGGACUGCGGCCGUAUAAAAUGUCCUAUCGAGAGGUGAAGUACUUCUCCUUUCCUGGAGAGCUGCUGAUGAGAAUGCUGCAGAUGCUGGUGCUCCCCCUGCUGGUGUCCAGUUUAAUCACAGGCAUGGCCGCUCUGGACAGUCGAGCUUCAGGGAAGAUGGGUGUGAGAGCUGUAGUUUACUACACCACCACCACUAUCAUCGCUGUAUUCAUCGGGAUCGUCAUGGUGCUCAUCAUCCACCCGGGAAAAGGCUCUAAAGACGAAUUCACCAAACAGGAGAAAAUAGAACAAGUCAGUCCAGCAGAUGCCUUCCUUGAUCUCAUCAGAAACAUGUUUCCUCCUAAUUUAGUGCAAGCUUGUACGCAACAGUUUAAAACUCAAUAUGGCAAGCGAGUGGUCACAGUUAAAGUUCUGGUAAACGAGACAUUGUUCAGUUUGAAUAACGGGUCGCAGGAACUCAAGCGUGAAGAGGUGAUACCAGUGCUGGGAACGGUUAAUGGAAUCAACGCGCUUGGACUCGUGGUCUUCUCCAUGUGCUUUGGCUUCAUCAUUGGGAACAUGAAGGAACAGGGUCAACCACUACGGGAUUUCUUUGACUGUCUAAAUGAGGCCAUCAUGAGGCUUGUUGCCAUUAUCAUGUGGUACGCUCCUCUCGGCAUAAUGUUCCUGAUUGCUGGAAAAAUUGUUGAGAUGGAUGAUAUAUCAGAAAUGGGAGGCCAGUUGGGCAUGUACACCAUCACAGUCAUCAUUGGCCUACUGAUACAUGCAGUCAUCGUACUGCCUUCGCUUUACUUCAUUGUGACGCGUAAAAAUCCAUUUGUGUUCAUCGCUGGACUUCUGCAAGCCCUUGUCACUGCACUCGGUACCUCAUCCAGCUCUGCCACCCUGCCCAUCACCUUUAAGUGUCUAGAGGAAAAUAACCAUGUGGAUAAACGUGUAACCCGUUUUGUGCUGCCUGUUGGAGCGACAAUAAACAUGGAUGGCACCGCUCUGUAUGAGGCUCUGGCUGCCAUCUUCAUUGCACAAGUCAAUGACAUGGAUUUGAACUUUGGAGAGAUCCUAACCAUCAGCAUCACUGCAACAGCAGCCAGCAUUGGUGCAGCUGGAAUCCCUCAGGCUGGCCUGGUUACUAUGAUGAUAGUGCUGACCUCUGUAGGACUGCCCACCGAUGACAUCACUCUAAUUAUCGCUGUUGAUUGGUUCCUAGAUCGGCUGCGCACCACCACUAAUGUUUUGGGCGACUCCAUUGGUGCUGGCAUUGUGGAGCACCUGUCACGUCACGAGCUGCAUGGUACUGAUCCCGAGAUCGGAAACUCCGUAGUGGAGGAGAACGAAACUAAGAAGUCAUAUCAGCUCAUCUCUCAGGAGAGCGAGUGUGAGAAUGCCAAGAUCCCUGACAGUGAGACCAAAAUGUAACUGCCUGUUUCCUGAGGAAAAACUGGAGUUUUUGUACAAAUACUAGUGACUUAGUCAGACACUAGUCUGAUAUUCAUCUCAAGUCUUUUUAUAUGCCUGUCAAAGACAAUUCCAAAUGUGUUGAAGUUCAAGCAGAGAUGGACAUGUGUGGUCCACUGUUGUCCUCUUUGAACUGUUUUAUUGUAGAAUAAAUGGAAUAGAUUUGAUUUCAUUAGACAAAAUUGUAUUAAUUUUCUAGAUGCAGGUUUGUUUUUGGUUAAUUCAAGAGAAACUGAAGGUCAUUAUGGAAAUCAUUUGUUCACAAUGCUUCUAGUUGUGCUGGGAAAAUAAACUGAUUUUGAAUAAA